AUGGCUCAACAAAAGUCAAUCACAUUUUUCUUCAGAAAGAAACGCGAGCAUUCGGAUGUUGAUGAAAAUGAAGAGGUCAAAGAGGUUGUUUCGACAACUCCAAAACGCGUCAAAACAGCAUCGAAUACACCGGUAGCAUCGCCUAUGCGAAUCUCUCAACCAAACUCCAAUGUCAAUUCACCGAAUGUGCCAAAAAGUGACGAGGAAAAACGUUUAGCUGAACGGAUUGAAAAUAAUCGUAUUGGAGCUAAGAUGAAACUUGAGGCAAAAGCUACACGUGGAUUAGUUGUCGAUAUGGGUAUAUCGUGGUAUAAGGCCUUCGAAAAAGAAUUUUCGAAAGAAUAUUUUCAAAAACUAGCAAGUUUUGUUGCGGAUGAACGCGAAAAAGGUGUAACAGUCUAUCCACCUCCUCAUCAUGUAUUUACAUUUACACGUAUGUGCGAACUGAGCGAAGUCAAAGUGGUUAUUCUCGGACAGGAUCCAUAUCAUGGUCCAAAUCAAGCACAUGGUCUGUGCUUUUCAGUACGAAAGAAUGUUCCACCUCCACCAAGUCUUGUAAAUAUGUAUAAAGAACUGAAAGCUGAUAUACCCGAUUUCGUCAUACCAAACCAUGGCACAUUAUCAGGAUGGGCUCGGCAAGGUGUUCUGUUGCUCAAUGCCUGUUUAACGGUUGAGAAGGGUAAAGCUAAUUCACAUAAGGGAAAAGGAUGGGAAAAAUUCACGGAUGCAAUUGUGCAAUAUUUGAACGAUCGUUCAGCAAAUAUCGUAUUUCUACUCUGGGGAAGAGAUGCUCAAAACAAAGGAGCUCGAAUUAAUAAAAGUCGACAUCAUGUUCUCACAGCUGCACAUCCAUCUCCACUUUCAGCUUAUAAUGGAUUUAUGGGUUGCAAGCAUUUUUCAAAAGCAAAUGAGUAUUUAAAGAGUGCUGGUCUUGCUGAAAUCAACUGGUCAAAUUUGCCAUCGGAAGAUGAGAUGCCCUUUGAUUAA